AUGUUUAUGAAAAAAGAGAAGCCGGCAAUAACUGCUAACAAGCUUCUAUCUGGAUAUCCGGCAUCAGAUAGCUCUGAACGGAAAUCACUAGACGGUUUAAAUAUUCGCACAAUCCAGAAAUCUAUCCUCGGGAGUGCUCAACGUUUGACUGAUCCCGAGUUAGCCACAACAUGUUCUGAACAACUUCAAUUUGAUGAUAGUGGUAUUUACAAAGAAUCAGAUAUCGCAAAUCUAUCACCUUUCAAGAAAGCAACAAUUCCUACCAGUGGAGCGUCAUCUCCAAGCAUUAUAAGCUCAGCUUAUUCAAUUACCGAUGAAGUGUCAGAAAUAAACGAAGAAAUUAUAUUGGAUUACAAUAAUGUGAAUAGUUCUGAAAAAACAACUUCAGCUGAAAUUCCUUCCUCUUCAUCUUCAAGAAAUCGAGAUUCCUCCAGAAGACUCACGAAUACUUCUGCAAAAAUAAAGUCGAUAGAUUUCGAAAUGGGAAAUUCAACAAGUAAUAAUAAUAGUAGCAACGAUAAGUCAUCGAAAGUCAAUACAUCACUAUCUGUUAAACAAUUGAUACAAGCGAAACAAUGUAUAUCGAGAGCAGUGAUCCAGGAAAACGAAUAUGAGAGUACAAAUACCAGUGAAAUUGACAGUGCAACGUUGUCUUCAUCGACGACAACAAGUGAAAAUAAUAAAUCUUAUAAUUAUGAAACAAAAAAGCAUGAAAGAAAAAAGAAAUAUUUAGACGAGAAUCAGAAGCAUAGGAAGAACAUUAAUAUUGGAUCUAACAAACUGAAUUCUGAAAGCAACGAAAAAUAUCAAUCGAGAAGCAGUUGUAGUGCAGAUAGUCAAAGUUAUGGAGAAUCAAAUUUUCUGGAUAAAAGAUCAUACAAGACUAAAAGCAAAUCACUAAUUACCGAUAUGAACGGUUUCACAAAUAUCAAAUGUCAUAUCGAUGAUUUUGAAAAAUCCGAACAAUCCGACAUUUCAUGGGAUCCUAUGCUAAAACAUACAAAUUUAUUAGCAGAUUGCCCAAGGAAAACUGAACAUAACGGGAGCAGAUGUCUUAACAGUGUUGCAGUACAGACAGUUCAUUUAGAACCAGACAAUGACCUUUUACCUGUGUUUACUCCUUUUCUACUGAAGGAUAUUGAGAAAAAUAUGAAAGGAAUGAGUGAAAAAGAAGCUAUUUCCACAAUUAUACAAACACAUGUGGAACUGAUCAAAAGACAAGCACGACGUGAAAAACGAAUACUUGAAGAAUGGGAUUCUGCUAUUAGCGAUUUGGAAGAACGAUGUCAAUUGGUUAGUUUUGAACGAUUGAAAUUACUUCUACAUGGCAGUGAUUAUUACUGCGCUUCUUGA